UACGCCGCAGCGUUAGCGUAGGACUUGUAAUUUUGUCCUUUGUUACACGCCUCCUGCGACUUUUAACGCCGAUAAUUCGUUGUAUGAUAUUUAAUAUCAAUAAACUGUACAUUUUCGAGAGAUCUUCAAUGUGCCAGUGUUUUGGAACAGCAUUUAUUUAUAGGAAAUAGGUUAUAAAGUGGCUAGAAUUUGCAAAACACCUAAUACGAUCUUGAGGAAAUACAAUGUGGCUUCACCCAGAUGCUUCAGCCAAAAUAUAAUUUUUGAAAGGGGAGCAGCUACAGAACCUAUCAUAAAGCAUACGCAAAUAAAGUUGCAAAUCACAGCCUUCACCGCUGCAAUGACAAGACACGGACACCACUGCCAGCACGGUCCACCCCCACCGCCGCAUCACCACUGUCCCCACUGCCCGCAUCACGGCCCACCACCUCACCACCACCACCAUCAUCAUGGCCCACCACCUCACCACCACCACCACCACGGACCGCCACAUCACCACCAUGGACCACCGCCGCCACCACCACAUCAUGAUCCACACCAUCACCAUCACCACCACCACGGACCACCACCACCGCCGCUGCAUCAUCACCACGGACCACCUCACCACCAUCACUGAGCUUACCCUAACCUUGUCUAGUGGAUACUAAAUGCAAAUUUUCAUUCCUUCUAUCCAUCCUCCCUGAAAUGUAGUUAUAUUCCAUAAAAAACCUAAUAGUAGGUGUUGCUAAUCACACUCUAGAAAAAUGUAUCUGACAGUGCUGUGUAAGAUUAUGUAAUUAUUGGAUCUUAAGCAAAAGCAUAAAGGGAACUUUUUGUAAUGCUAUUUCAUUUCUAAAAAUAUUGUGUCAGCAUAAUUGAAAAAAGUGCUAAAACAAACAAUCACCCAAAGUUUGCUGUAAAACCAAUGCAGAUAACAACUAACGUUUUCAAUAUGUAAUUCGUAAAUAAACUGCUCUUCACAAUGGUUCACAAAUAUCGCUUGCAUAUACUAAGUGUUUAUAAUCAUCAAUAUUCUUACUGAAAUAUGAUCCUUGUGCAUUUGUACCAAUUAAAUUUGUACAUAUCAGCUUAACAUAAAAGAUUGGUACAGUGUGUAUAGCACACAAGUCAUAUUACCUCCUGCAAUCACCAACAAUGAAAAUGUCAAGUUUUUGAUAAAGUAAUUUAGAUCAUGUUCCAACUUAUAUAAUACUGUACAUGGUAUAUGAUGGUGUACAAUCAAUGAUAAUAUCUUGUAUGUGACUACAUGCCACAAUGAAUUAAA